UUCAGAAAAUUUAGCAAAUUAAACUCCACAAUUUGCGAAAAAGAAAGAAAAUAAAAAAGCUCGAAAAUUAUCCGAAAUUAGGCAAGGCCAAAGAUAUUUGCUUUUCCAUUUCUGGCAAAAGAAAGUAGCAUUACUUUCACACUUUGGUUUCUAUCUUUUCACUUUAUUCUUCAGCUUUGGAUUUCUCCUUGGGGGUUUUGAGCUCGGCGAUUUCUUCCCCUUUUUGCCCAUCUGCUUCUUCCUGCUUCCGAGAAUUGAGUCGUCGGCGUUUCUUGGUUUCGCGUGGGAACUGCUUUUCUGCUUCAAUUCAGUUCAGAAUCACUGUAACUCUAUCAAAGCGUCAUCGUGAAGAUGUGGUUGCACGCAAUUGUUUUUGCCUUUUUGAUAGUCUUACGGUUUUGAUCACUUUUUGAGGAAUACUUUUAGGUACUUGAACGCGGUCUCUCACCAAACAAAUCCCCUUAUAGAGGGUUGUGAAGAGUUUUGUUGAAUGCAAUCAGUAUAGACAUCAUGGAGGAUGCAGUGGCUGAGGAAGUGAACCCAUUAGAUCCAGCAGAGGUUGCACAACUCCAAGGGAAAGAGAAUGACUACUCACUAAAAUCUGAAACCGGCAACCCAUUGGAAUGCCAAGAGAUGCGUAUACCAGUUGACGGUGAUUAUCCCUUAAGCUCGCAACAUGAGAUUUUAGAGAAAGUAGAUAUGGCUAGCUAUGUUAACAAAUUAGAACACCCAUAUAGUGGCCUAGGCUUUAUGAAUGAUGUUGGUUUCAUGGAGGAAGAGCUAACUCUGAGGAAUUACAAUAGUUCAAACCUAGCCAUGCUUGAUACAUCAAACAAUCAAGGAAGAAUGCAAUCUAGGCAGAACCCGCAACAACAUUUAUUUCAGCUAGCAAGUGGAUCAGGAAGUGGGAGUUCACAAGUCAAAACUGCAGUCAAGGAUAAUGGGAAGGCAAUUUCCGGUGGCUUGGAGAAUGAGGGGGCCACAUCUUUCCCUGGUUUUUGGAAUAAAAGGGAAUUAAGUGACAAUCACUAUGACGUUGUGGAAGAAUUGACAAACAUUGAAAAUACGGGGGCUUCAGCCAACACUUAUGCAGGUAUUCGGACAAAAAUCCUAUCUAGGCCAGGAUUUUCUGAGUUUUUUGUUAAAAGUACACUGAAGGGUAAGGGUGUCAUAUUGAAGGGUCCGAAUCAUGAGAAUGGUCACAUUGAAUCUAGAAACCUGAAUAGUUUGAAGGUGGCCGGUGAUUCUUUGGCAGCUUCUAAUCCAACAAUGAGUAUGAAUGCAAAUGUCGUUACGCCUUCUUCCAAUGGUGUGAAUGUCGGGCUUAGGGGUGGUGGCUCUAAUCAUGAUGAAAACAGUUUGAGAGAAUGGCUGAAUAUUGGACGUCCUAAAGCGAAUAAAGUUGAAUGCUUGUAUAUAUUUAGACAAAUAGUGGAUCUGGUGGAUAAUUUUCAUUCUAAAGGAGUUUCUUUGCCUGGAUUGCGACCUUCUUUCUUCAAGUUGUUACCUUCAAAUCAGGUUAAGUAUGUUUGCUUACCAGUCCGGAACGAGAUGCUUGAGAGUACGAGGGAUAGAGAUACAUCCCUUUUAGAAAAUAGUUCAAUCAAGAAAAAGCAAAAGAUAAGUCAGAACACUAGAUUGCACUGGCCCCAGUUCUCUAGCACUGCCUACUUCAUGCAUGAUAAUGUGAAUACCAGCCACAUCAACAUCGCUCGUUUGCAGAACAGAAGUGAUGCAUUUGAUGAACAUAAUCCAAGAACAAGGCAUGAGAUACGUACCAUAUCCACCAAUCCUCAUAUGGAUUAUGCAGCUCAGCGGUUUACUCCAAUAAGCGAGCUAUUGGAAGAGAAGUGGUAUAUUAGUCCUGAGGAACUCAGUGAAGGAAGUUGCACAAUUUUUUCAAAUAUCUACAGUCUGGGUGUUCUUCUUUUUGAGUUACUUGCUCAUUUUGACUCAAAUAGUGCCCUUGCUGCCGCAAUGUCCAAUCUGCGCCACAGAAUUCUUCCCCCAAAUUUCCUGUCAGAAAAUGGUAAGGAGGUUGGAUUUAUUAUGUGGCUUCUUCAUCCUGAACCAUCUUCACGCCCAACAACAAGGCAAAUUCUACAAUCUGAAGUAGUUAACAGGUUACAGGAGGUUUCUGUAAAAGAAUUGUCAUCUUCUGUGGAACAAGAGGGUGCAGAAUUGGAUUUAUUAUUGCAUUUCCUUACUUCUUUGAAAGAACAGAAGCAGAACCAUGCCGCAAAUUUGUUGGAAACCAUUGGGUUCAUAGAAGCAGAUGUUGAAGAAGUGGAGAGGAGGCACUCUCUAAGAAAACCCUUGAUUGAUCGUGGCUUGUACGAUGAAUCCAUCAGUGGAAGUAAAUAUAUGUUCGUGAGCAAAGAAGAUUCAAGGUCAGAGGUGCUUUCUCCAUUAUUUCCUGUUCCUAGUUCAAAUGAGUCGAGGUUGAUGAAAAACAUAGAUCAGUUUGAGAGUGCUUACUUCUCGAUGAGAUCAAGAAUUCAGAUUCCUGAGACUGAUUCUAGAGUAUGCAGAGAUAAAGAUUUAUUAAGAACUCGCAAUAAUUGGUAUGUGGGAACAAAGGAUGAAGACAAGGAGACAUGCACUGAUCGACUGGGAGCCAUCUUUGAUGGUUUGUGUAAAUAUUCGCGGUAUAGUAAGUUUGAGGUACGUGGCAUACUAAGAAAUGGAGAUUUCAGCAGUUCCUCUAAAGUAAUUUCUUCUAUGAGUUUUGAUCGGGAUGAAGACUAUUUUGCUACUGCUGGGGUUUCAAUGAAAAUUAAGAUUUUUGAGUUUAAUGCUUUCUUCAACAAUUCUGUUGAUAUUCAUUAUCCGGUGAUUGAGAUGUCAAACAAAUCAAGGAUCACAUGUGUUUGCUGGAACAACUACAUAAAAAACUAUCUGGCUUCAUCUGAUUAUGAUGGUGUAAUCAAGUUAUGGGAUGCCAGCACUGGUCAAGAGUUUGCUCAAUACACUGAGCAUGUAACGAGGGCUUGGUCUGUAGACUUUUCUCAAGUAUAUCCAACAAAAUUAGCCAGUGGAAGUGAUGAUGGUUCUGUAAAAUUGUGGAGCAUCAACGAGAAAAACUGUUUAGAUACCAUCAAGCACGCUGCAAAUGUAUGCUGUGUACAGUUCUCUGCUCACUCCUCUCAUUUGCUGGCCUUUGGGAGUGCGGACUACCACACCUACUGCUAUGAUCUUCGUAAUACUAAAAUUCCAUGGUGCGUACUGGAUGGGCAUAAGAAAGCUGUAAGCUUUGUGAAAUUUUUGGACUCGGAGACCCUUGUUUCUGCAUCCACUGACAGUACAUUAAAGCUAUGGGAUCUUAACAGAACCAGUACGAGUGAUCCGUCCACCGAUGCUUGCAGCCUAACCCUUGGUGGGCAUACUAAUGAGAAGAACUUUGUCGGGUUAUCCGUUUCAGAUGGUUACAUAGCAUGUGGUUCAGAAACGAAUGAGGUUUAUGCUUACUAUAGAUCUCUGCCUAUGCCGAUCACUUCACACAAGUUUGGCUCCAUUGAUCCUAUUUCUGGAAAGGAGACUGAUGAUUAUAGUGCACAAUGGGUUUCGAGUGUCUGCUGGAGAGGGAAAUCAGACAUGGUUGUCGCUGCCAAUUCAGACGGGUGUAUAAAAGUGUUGGAGAUUGUUUAAGAAAAAGGUAACCCCUUUGACAUCAAUCAGGAAGUCACUAUCCUUUUGAAACCUUGUUGAUGUUUUGUUAUUCCCCGAGUUUUCUUCUGGAGGCUGUUUAUAAAGUUGAAACUGUGAGUUCAUACAGAGAAGCCCUAGGAAGUAAGUUGGAAUGGAGUCAGAGACUAUGAAAUCUUAGCGCAUCUCGGGUUCUAGCCACAUCCUUGUUUGAUGGGGGCCAAACUGACUAAAUGAUUGAUGGUGUACGUUUUAGCUACAAAAUAUAUAGUAUCUGAAGGACAUCAGCUGGUUGUGAAAACACUUUGAAUCUUCAAAUCCGAAGAUUGACAUACCAGCACGAGAGCUGACAAACUUCAAACAGUGCCGUAUUGCGAUAUAUAAAGGAGACUUGAGGAUCGGUUUGUGAUACUCGGCUUCAAAAUUGUUAAACUGUGACCGAAUGUGAAAUCAGGGAAGCAGGUUGCAGAUGAAUAUAUACUCUUGGAGCAGGUUUGUCAAUCAUUUUCACACCAGCUAUCACAUAAUGUGGCGAGCCAAUUUGAUCGGAAUGUAUGUGCAGUACAACGCUCUUCUUCAUAUGGAGCCAUAUGACGCUGUUUGUUGAGAAAAACGUCCGGAAAGCAUUUGCAACACUUGCAACGAAGGCGAUCUCAGUUGAGUUGUUUUGAGUGUAUAGUGUAGAAAUUAUGGGUCAUCUGUUGUAAAUUCUCGGCAACUAGAUUUAUAGGACAACCCUGUUUUUGGGAGACCACAGAAUUUACUUUGUAUCUCAUAUGCGAUUGCGCAAUUAUAUCUUUUAUCUUUUGGGUGGAGCUUUGUCAAUUUAAUUUUAUCUUGCAUCUGUAACAUGCUGAAUUCUAACUUGAAUUAGAAGCCAAAAUUUACUUAAUUUGCCUC